GUCCCUCAGCUCAGGCUGGGCCCCGCCGCCAUUUUGGGUUGUGUGGGUUUCCGAGACGCUCUGAGCUGGGCCUCGCCCGCGGAGGUUCCGCAAAUCGCCGGCCAGCGGUACGCGUCCGAGUGUCAGGUUGGAGCCGGGAAGCGUCCCUGGGGGUACCGGCGGCGGGGGCAGGAUGAGUGCGGAGGCGGCGGACCGGGAGGCAGCCACCUCCAGCCGGCCCUGCACCCCGCCGCAGACCUGCUGGUUCGAGUUCCUGCUAGAGGAGUCGCUGCUGGAGAAACAUCUGCGCAAGCCCUGCCCGGAUCCUGCACCAGUUCAACUUAUUGUUCAGUUUUUGGAACAGGCUUCCAAACCUUCAGUAAAUGAACAAAACCAGGUGCAGCCUCCACCUGAUAACAAGAGAAAUCGUAUUUUAAAGCUACUUGCUCUUAAAGUUGCUGCACAUCUGAAGUGGGACUUAGACAUAUUAGAGAAAAGAUGUGUACCUUUUGUUUCUUUAAGUUUGUCUGUUCCAGUAUUGAAUAUGCUGCUAAAUGAGCUGCUGUGCAUCAGUAAAGUUCCUCCUGGGACAAAGCAUGUGGAUAUGGAUCUGGCCACUUUACCUCCGACCACUGCUAUGGCUAUCCUUCUCUACAAUAGAUGGGCAAUUAGGACAAUUGUUCAAAGCAGUUUUCCUGUCAAGCAGGCCAAACCUGGACCUCCUCAGUUAAGUGUCAUGAAUCAGAUGCAACAGGAGAAGGAACUAACAGAAAAUAUUUUGAAAGUACUAAAAGAGCAAGCUUCUGAUUCUAUUUUGGUACUAGAGGCAGCCCUUAAAUUAGACAAGGAUCUUUAUGUCCACACAAUGAGAACACUAGAUUUGUUGGCAAUGGAGCCAGGCAUGGUAAAUGGAGAAACGGAGAGUUCUACUGCUGGAUUGAAAAUCAGAACUGAGGAGAUGCAGUGCCAGGUGUGUUAUGAUUUGGGUGCAGCAUACUUCCAGCAAGGCUCUACAAAUGCAGCUGUUUAUGAAAAUGCCAGAGAAAAAUUUUUUAGAACCAAAGAACUAAUUACAGAGAUAGGUUCAUUAUCUCUUCAUUGUACCAUAGAUGAGAAGCGGUUAGCGGGCUAUUGUCAAGCGUGUGAUGUUCUUGUACCUUCUUCUGAUAGUACAUCUCAACAGUUGACACCAUAUAGUCAAGUCCAUAUUUGUUUGAGAUCUGGCAACUAUCAGGAUGUAGUAAAGAUUUUUAUUGAAGAUAACUUAACCUUCAGUUUACCUGUCCAGUUCCGGCAGUCAGUACUAAGGGAACUCUUUCAGAAAGCUCAACAGGGAAAUGAAGCUCUAGAUGAAAUCUGUUUUAAAGUCUGUGCCUGUAACACAGUCCGUGAUAUAUUGGAAGGUAGAACGAUUAGUGUUCAAUUUAACCAGCUAUUUCUUAGACCUAAUAAAGAGAAAAUAGACUUUCUUCUUGAGGUGUGUUCAAGAUCAAUAAAUUUAGAAAAAGCUUCAGAUUCUUUGAAAGGAAACAUGGCUGCUUUUCUAAAGAAUGUGUGUCUGGGGUUGGAAGAUCUGCAGUAUGUUUUCAUGAUUUCUUCACAUGAGCUUUUCAUUACAUUGUUGAAAGAUGAAGAACGAAAGCUACUUGUUGAUCAGAUGAGGAAGAGAUCCCCUAGAGUAAAUCUGUGCAUUAAACCUGUAACUUCAUUUUAUGAUAUCCCAGCCUCAGCAAGUGUCAACAUUGGCCAGUUGGAGCAUCAGCUGAUAUUGUCAGUGGAUCCCUGGAGGAUUCGACAGAUUUUAAUUGAAUUACAUGGUAUGACUUCAGAGCGCCAGUUCUGGACAGUGUCUAACAAGUGGGAAGUACCUUCUGUUUAUAGUGGGGUCAUCCUGGGAAUUAAAGACAAUUUAACAAGAGAUUUGGUUUACAUUCUGUUGGCCAAAGGUUUACACUGCAGUACUGUUAAGGACUUUUCCCACGCCAAACAGUUGUUUGCUGCUUGUUUGGAGUUGGUAACAGAGUUCUCGCCAAAACUCCGUCAGGUCAUGCUGAAUGAGAUGCUGCUUUUGGAUAUUCAUACGCAUGAAGCUGGAACAGGGCAAUCAGGAGAGAGACCUCCUUCUGAUCUUAUUAGUAGGGUGCGAGGAUAUCUGGAAAUGAGGCUUCCUGAUAUUCCUCUUCGUCAAGUUAUAGCUGAGGAAUGUGUUGCUUUUAUGUUAAACUGGAGGGAAAAUGAAUACCUUACACUGCAAGUUCCCGCAUUUCUGCUUCAGAGUAAUCCAUAUGUAAAGCUUGGACAGCUUUUAGCAGCUACAUGCAAAGAACUUCCAGGCCCUAAAGAAAGUAGACGGACUGCUAAAGACCUUUGGGAAGUUGUUGUUCAGAUCUGUAGUGUAUCCAGUCAACACAAACGAGGAAAUGAUGGCAGAGUUAGUUUAAUAAAGCAGAGGGAAUCUACAUUAGGUAUAAUGUAUCGGAGUGAACUACUUUCUUUUAUCAAAAAAUUACGGGAACCUUUGGUUUUGACUAUUAUUUUAUCACUCUUUGUGAAACUUCACAAUGUUCGGGAGGACAUUGUGAAUGAUAUUACAGCUGAACACAUUUCUAUUUGGCCAUCCUCCAUCCCGAACCUCCAGUCAGUGGACUUCGAAGCUGUGGCAAUCACAGUGAAAGAGCUAGUUCGGUAUGCCCUCAGUAUAAGUCCAAACAACCAUUCCUGGUUAAUUAUUCAGGCAGACAUUUAUUUUGCAACAAACCAGUAUUCGGCAGCUCUUCACUAUUACCUACAGGCAGGAGCCGUGUGUUCUGAUUUCUUCAAUAAGGCUGUGCCUCCUGAUGUUUAUACAGACCAGGUAAUAAAACGGAUGAUAAAAUGCUGUUCUUUGCUGAAUUGCCACACACAGGUGGCAAUUUUAUGUCAGUUCCUCAGAGAAAUUGACUACAAAACAGCCUUUAAAUCAUUGCAGGAACAAAACAGUCAUGAUGCUAUGGACUCCUACUAUGACUACAUAUGGGAUGUUACCAUUUUGGAAUACUUGACCUAUCUUCAUCAUAAAAGAGGAGAAACUGAUAAAAGACAAAUUGCGAUCAAAGCCAUCGGUCAGACAGAAUUGAAUGCAAGCAACCCAGAAGAAGUGUUACAGCUGGCAGCGCAGAGAAGGAAAAAAAAGUUUCUCCAAGCAAUGGCAAAACUUUACUUUUAAACAGUUAGUUAAAAAUUUUUAUUUUUUAAACAAUGGGCUAAAAAUAAACAGUAUUAGAUUAUAUAAUACA